AUGGUGGAAAUCAUUCAUCUCCAAGUCAAUAUUAAUAGAUAUGAUCCAUUAGCAGCAGGAGAAUCGACUUGGAUUGCUCUACCACAGUUCAUUCAAAAUAAAAAAGCAGUGCUAAAUAUCAAGAAUAAUGAUCAAUGUUGCUUUCUUUGGGCAGUUACAGCAGCACUAUUUCCAGCUGAAAAUAACAUAAACAGCACAUCAUCAUAUCCAGAUUUUAGGACGAUUUUCAAGUAUCAAGGUAUUAAUUGUCCAACAUCCUUACAUGAUAUUCCAACGUUUGAACUAGAUAAUAAUCUUUCAAUUAAUGUUUAUGGAUUAAAUAAUAAGGAUAAAAUAGUUCCAUUAUGUUUGUGUCAUUUUAAAUUUCAACAAUCUUUCGAUAAUCAUCGGGAAGAUUGCAUUAAAAUGAAUAAGACUGCUAUUACUUUCCCUGAAAAUGAUGAAAAAAUUAAAUUCAAAAAUCAUCAAAAUAAGGAACAAGUUCCAUUUGUUGUUUAUGCUGAUCUGGAAUGCAUUCUUGAACCGGACGAUACUAAACAGAAACAUAUUCCAUGCAGUGUUGCUUUCUAUGCUCAUUGCUCAUUUGAUAAAUCUAAAUCUUAUUUUUCAUUGAAACGCGAUGUAGAUUGCAUUGAUUGGUUCAUUGGAGAAUUAAAAAAAUUAUCAGAACAUGUAAAAGACACUAUUAAACAUGUUGUGCCAAUGAAACCAUUAACUUCCCAGCAGCAGAAAGCUCAUAAUGAUGCUAAAAAAUGUCAUAUUUGUGCUUAUCGUGGUCCUGCACAUAACAGAUGUAAUUCAAAUUAUCAAUCUUCUCACAUCAUUCCUGUUGUUUUUCACAAUCUUUCUGGAUAUGAUUCUCAUUUUUUAAUUAAAUCAUUGGCAUUCACAUCAUUUGAAGUGAGAAAAGGUGUUUUCCCCUAUGAAUAUAUAGAUGACUGGGAUAAACUUAAUGAAACUCAGCUUCCUGCUCAAUCAGCUUUUUACUCAAAGUUGAAUAAUGCAAACAUUUCAGAUGAAGAUUAUCAACAUGCACUCACUGUAUGGAAUAAGUUUCAACUUCAGACUUUAGGUGAUUAUUCAGAUUUAUAUUUGAAGACUGAUGUUUUACUAUUAGCAGAUAUCUUUGAAAAUUUUCGUGAGGAUUGUCUAGCUGCUUAUAACCUUGAUCCAUUACAUUAUUUAACUGCACCAGGUCUAGCUUUCGAUGCUAUGUUAAAAUACACAGAAAUAGAACUUGAUCCUUUACAAGAUGUUGAAAUGUUGAAUUUUAUUGAGAAAGGUAUAAGAGGAGGUGUAUCUCAAUGUAGUAAUAGAUAUGGUAAAGCUAAUAAUCAUUACAUGGGAGAUAAAUUUGAUCAAAACAAAGAUGAAUCAUAUCUGAUGUAUUUUGAUGUGAAUAAUCUUUAUGAUGCUGCAAUGAGUGAAUAUUUACCCACUGUAGAUUUAGAUUAUCCACAAUCAUUACAUGAACACCAUAAAGAUUUACCAUUAUGCCCUGAACAUUGGCAACCACCAGAUAGCAAAUGUGAAAAGCUGAUGACAACGUUAUUGCCAAAGAAUGAAUAUGUAAUACACUAUAGAAAUUUACAGCAAUGUAUUGAACUUGGUUUGAAAAUCACUAAAAUUCAUAGAGUUUUACAGUUUAAACAGUCAGCUUGGUUGAAAAAAUAUAUUGAUUUGAACACAGAAAUGAGAAAAAAGUCCAAAAAUGAUUUCGAGAAAAACUUUUUUAAACUUAUGAAUAACGCUGUUUACGGAAAAACUAUGGAAAAUGUGCGUAAUUAUAAAGAUAUUAAAUUAAUUACAAAAUGGGAGGGAAGAUGGGGUGCACAAAGUCUAAUAUCACAACCGAAUUUCCAUAGCAGUGUCAUUUUUGAUGAUGAUAUGAUAGUUUAG